AAAAAUAAGAGCUGGGAAACCUGAGCUGUGUGUCAGCAGGGGUCUGACCUGAGCUUUUUGACUCUAGAAAAGAUGGGAACUCUGUUCUUUUGUAACCAUGCAUGCUCUGAAGUCGGGUCAGUGAAGCAUGCUGGGAAGCGUGCAGGUCCAUGGCUGCUGCUUGGUUCAAGUCAGUUCUGGCUCUGACAGGGAGUCACGCUGACUAAUCCUGAUUAUCCUGUCAGCUGCCUUUGAUCAGCACAGCUCAGGUUUAGCUCCAGGACAAAGGCGCCGUUUUCCCCUUUUCCCAAAAACACAAGUGACUCACUUCCUCAUGUUCUGCUGGUUUUCUGUGCAGAAGCUUGCUUCAGCCCAAACAUUGAAUCCUGCUUUUUCCUGCGCCCACUUCCUGUCUUGCUGUUUCUGCAGAUUGGAUCGCAGCUGAGUGGGUGUGUUUUUCAGAGGUGACUGACUGAAAGUUGUGUGUGUGUGUGUGUGUGUGUGUGCAGGUUGGCUGUGAGGCUGACGAUGUGGUGGGAACAUGGAGCCUCCUGAGUACCUGGACCUGGAUGAGAUCGACUUCUCUGAUGAUUCAGUGUACGCCGUCUCCUCCCUGAAGAGCAUCCCUGCGCUGUCCCGCAGGAGCGAUGUGCCGGCCGAGGACAGAGCAGCUCCGCCCAUCAGCUGGGGCCGCAGCGUCUCCUCACACGGCGGUGGGGGGAUCAAACCGGGGGGGCUGGCUGAGGUCCACAGUAAGUUUCGGCCGGUGAAGAGGGUGUCCCCCCUCAAACACCAGCCCGAAACCACAGACUCGGACUCUGAGGGGAAGGACCAGGCGCUGGGGGAGCAGGAGGAGCUCGGCAAAGAUGGCCCCACCUCUGUCAAGCACUCCAACCCCCCCACACCGCUGGAUGGGUCUGGGAUGAAGGUGAAGGGGCCCAGCAGCAGCAUGGGGGAGGGGGGCGGCCCCCAGGCUCUGUUCGGGGAGCUGGAACACUACGACCUGGACAUGGAUGAGAUCCUGGACGUGCCUUAUAUCAAGUCCAGCCAGCACGUGUCCACACUGCCUCGAGCCCCCCUCGACAAGCGAUCUGUGAUGGGGGGUAAUGCGGGUGGGGGCACGCUGGAGAGGAGUCGAGGGGGGGUCCUGAAGAGCUCCGGUCUGCCCCAUAAUGAGCCUGUGAGUUUGGGCAGUAGCUCGCAGACGCAGUUCUGUGUUCUGUCUCCGCUGAAGUGGUCAGAUCUACGGAAGUCCAGGUCCAUGGAUCCAGACCUCCACCUCCUCAACCGUUCUCCAGGUGGGGGGGGUUACCAGCCGGAGCCUCUGUCCUCCUCCCUCGCCUCCUUCUCAGAUGCAGACAAGCUGCUGUCUGCUCGCGUCUUCCCGGACUCCCAGAGACCCCCCAUGGAUCCUCCGGGGGGGUCAGGACUGGUCUUCCCCCUGCCGGGCUGCAGCUUGAGCAGGCAAGACAGCACCAAGGUGAGGACCCCUAGUGCUGGAAGUGGAGCAGUGGCACUGAGAGGCUUUGGAAUAGCAGGAGGGGAGGUGGAUGAGGAGACCAAAAAGAAGCAGAACAUCAUCAACAUCGUCAGGGAGGGGCAGAUCUCACUGCUGCCUCACCUGGCGGCAGACAACCUGGAACUGAUCAGGGACGAGGAUGGAAACAACCUCCUGCACGUCUCCGCCUCCCAGGGCCACGCCGACUGUCUGCAGCAUCUCACCUCUCUGAUGGGGGAGGACAGCCUGAACGAGCGCAACAGCCAGCAGCUGACGCCCGCCGGCCUGGGGGUCAAGAACGGUCAUCUGGAGUGUGUGCGGUGGAUGGUGAGCGAGACGGAGGCCAUCGCCGAGCUCAGUUGCAGCCGAGAACAUCCCAGCCUCAUUCAUUAUGCGGCUCGAUACGGUCAGGAGAAAGUCCUGCUGUGGCUGCUUCAGUUCAUGCAGGAACAGGCCAUCUCUCUGGACGAAGUGGAUCAGAACGGGAACACGGCCGUCCAUGUGGCAGCUCAGUACGGACACCUCACCUGCAUACAGACUCUGGUGGAGUACGGCUCCAACGUGACGGUCCAGAACCAGCAGAGCGAGCGGCCCUCCCAGAGUGCUGAGCGGCAGGGCCACACCACGUGUGCCCGGUACCUGGUCGUCGUGGAAACAUGCAUGUCGCUGGCCUCGCAGGUGGUCAAACUCACCAAGCAGCUCAAUGAGCAGGCGGCAGACAGGGUCAGCUUACAGAAGCAACUCCAGAGACUGAUGGACCCCAACAAGGGAGAGGGGACGCCAUCCAGAUCUCCCAGCUCCCAUCAACCCUCAGUGGAGGCGUGGCCAGAGAUGAUGCUGACAGCGGAGGGGACGCCCGGCGACACCCACUGGUCAGUUCGUCAGGGAGGGGUGGGGCCCGAUUCUGUGCUGCGUCAGCUGCUGGGAAAGGACGUGCCUGACUCCCUGUGCCCCCGGGAGAGGCUGCCCCCCCCGGCAGGCCUUGGAAGAGAGGGCCCCGGACCCGCUGGGGGCCGCAGGCUCGGACUGGUGGAGAGGCGGGAGCUGAAACUGGCCAGGCUGAAGCAGAUCAUGCAGCGCUCCUUAAGCGAGUCCGACUCGGAUGGGUAUCCACCCGAGGAGGGCAAGAACCAGGGGGGGGCGCACCCAAACACGCAGAGGCCGGAUAGGCCCACCCACCUGCCGAUCGCAGAGGAAGAACCCGGACCAGACUCCCUCCACCUUGUGACGAAGAAGCAGCUCUCUGCCCCCUCCUCGUCAGCAGAGAGGAGGCUGGCCUUCUCUCUGAACGGAUCCAAGUCUGCAGACAGCAUCGGCGUUAACUCCUCCCCCACCUCCAGCGACCCCGAAGCUGCUGACGGGAAAACUCCGGAGACACCCAACGACGCGCAUGACGGACAGAAAGUCGCAACCAGCCCCAAGAGCGCCCUAAAGUCGCCCUCAUCACGCAGGAAAACGUCCCAGAACCUCAAGCUGAGGGUCACCUUUGAUGAGCAGGUCCACAAGAGCUCCAAUCAGGAAGCAGAGCCUUCCAAAGGCCCGCAGGGGCGGGGGGGCACCUCAGCGGGGGGCUCCGAAAGCAAGCGGCCGUUCGGGGCGUUCCGCUCCAUCAUGGAGACGCUGAGUGGGAAUUCCAACCACAACAACAACAAUACUCAGGCAGGCUCCGCCCCCAAACCAGCCACCUGCCAGGGCUCCCCCAGCAGGAAGUCAGAGGGCAAAAGCAGCCCAGGGGGCGGAGCCAAGAGCAAGAGCAAAAGCAGUAACGUUUGAGGAAGCUGAUGAGGCGAAUCCUCUCACUACUUAAUGCCACUAUAAAGGGCGUUUGCCGUUUUUUUCGGGGUGUCCAAAUUCUCAGAGUCCUGAAAUUUUCCCAGAAGCCUUUGCUGAGAACCAGACUGGCAAACUGGAAAAUACAGACCACAAUGCAUUGAAUUUGAACAGUUUUUUUAAUUAAAAAUGUAAAUUAAUGUUUCAUAAAUCAUCUAAAUUUUUAUUGGAGAACCCAAAAAGAUUCAUAAGUGACUUUUUUUAAAAUGUUGAUCAGGUUUUCACUUGAGAAGAUGGGUGACGUCAUAUUUAAGUUCAAGUGAGCACGAGUCAGAGCUGCACUGAAGUCCAGCGAUAGUCCUGCACCACGUGGUCGUUUAGGGAGUCGGGAGGGAAGCAGACACAGAGUUCAUCGCCAUGGAGAGGUGCAGGUGGGCGGGGGGGCUGUGUCUCUGUCCGGGGGGGGGAUCCUCUGAGCUGUUUGUUCAACUGGAUCAUUGCAUUGACUGUAAAUGAAAACUGGACUGAGUGAGUGUGAGGUCACCCAUGGAGAAGAACUCACUUCCAGUUCCCGCAAAAUGAAGUCGGACCACUUUGGAACCAGACAUUAGUUAGCAGUGAUUGGGCUGAAUCGACGUUUUUCUAUGGCAACCACUUGUGCCUGUUGGAAGGCCACGCCCCUUUGGGCUACACCGCAUACUUCUAUUGAGGCAUCUUAAAAAAAUAUAAACAGAUGAGGAUUAUAAAGAAAAUGUUUUUUAAAUAAAGGCAUCAGAUCCAGAAAGGUUCUUGUGACCAAUGAGUAACGACUGUUACUCUAUAGACGUCUACGGGAUAUUGGCUUCUUGGAGCCAGGGGGUACUUCCUGUUUGGAAAGCGAAGGAAGGGUCUCAGAGAUUGGCAACUCCAGACAUCCGAGCGCUACUGGUGACGGAUUACCUGGUUCAGGUGUUUCCAGCCAACGGGAACAUGCCAGAGCGGGGUAUGUUGGAAAACAUGCAUGCGGCCCUCGAGCCGCCCAUCCUGGAGUUAUAUGCCAUAGAGAGGGGGGGUUAGAAGGCUUCAAAUGAGCAAUGAUGAUGAUGAUGAUGAAGGGGCGACAUCUUUGCUGGCUUUCUGAAUCAAUUCAGACUUACAGCAGCAAUUCAGUCAAAUUCUGGUUCUUUUACUCAUUUCCAUUCAAAACGUCUUAAACUUGUUAAAAUGAUUAAAGAGAGGAUGUGCAGUUUGAAAAAAAAUAAUGUUAAAGCUGCUUUUGCCAGAAAAAGAUGAAUUUAAAUGGAUUCAGUUGAUUUUCAGAGUCGGCUCUCCUGAACAGAAACGGCUGUGAGGAAGAGCUCUGCAGGAUGAAGGACGUUUGGAUUUAGUUUGAAUUUGUCACUUUUGUUUCUUCUAUUGAAAGGAAGAGUCCUUGUUCUUUUUGACUUAUAUUUAUGUUUCUGCACACAGUUAUGAUUUAUGAUAAACGUGCACAGUGUUAACAUGUAACAGCACAACAGAAAACCACUGUAUAUAUAUAUAUAUGUUUGUAUUUAAGUUUUCUUUGCUUUGACUUGUGUUAAGGAUCUAUGCAGUAUUUUUGCAUGAAGUAGAUAGGUAGGUAGCUGUGUGAUUUUCAGACGGGGGGGUUCAACGAUGCACCUUCUACCAAGUAUUGAUGGAUGAUGAGGAUGAUGAUGAAGGCUGAGAAACGUUUAAUUGUAAGUGAAGCUCCUCUCCUGACUGAAAAAGUGAAGCUGGACUCACAGAAAAGCUGCUUUUCAACAUCACUAAUGAGAGCUUUAGCCUCUUUUUAUGGAGCUGACUUUGAUCUGACGUGUUUACAAUAAACAUUUGAGGUUUCAAAAGAAAAAA